AAUAGGAGAAGAUUGCUAGUUCUAUUUCUUUUGCUAGGACUUGCAAUUUUGUUUGUUCCUAUCAUAUUUGUGUUUUUAUGGCUAAGGUAUAGAAGAGGUAAAAGAGCUCCUCAACAAGCAGAUUCAUUGUCUACCGUAAAAAGAGAAAGAGUUUCAUACUAUGAAUUACUCCAAGCAACUGAUGCACUUAGCGAGAGUAAUUUGAUUGGUUCUGGGAGUUUUGGCUCUGUUUACAAAGGCGUUCUCAGAAGUGGAACUGCCAUUGCAGUUAAAGUGUUUAAUCUACAACUGGAUGCGGCAUUCAAGAGUUUUGAUACGGAAUGUGAAGUUUUGCGUAGCCUUCGCCAUAGGAAUCUCGUAAAAGUCAUUACUAGUUGUUCCAACCUUGAUUUUAAAGCUUUAGUUCUAGAGUAUAUGCCUAAUGGAAGUCUUGAGAAGUAUUUGUAUUCGCACAACUACUUCCUAGACAUCAGGCAGAGGCUAAGCAUAAUGAUAGAUGUGGCAUGUGUUUUGGAAUAUCUUCACCAUGGGUGCUCGUUCCCUGUGAUCCACUGUGAUCUAAAGCCUAGUAAUGUAUUGCUGGACGAGGAUAUGGUUGCCCACCUAAGCGACUUUGUCAUUUCAAAACUGCUUGGUGAAGAUGAGAGUGAUUUAUACACAAAAACAUUAGCAACAUUGGGUUAUAUUGCGCCAGAGUAUGGACAAGAUGGAUUGGUGUCUACUAAAUGUGACGUGUAUAGUUAUGGAAUCAUGUUGCUGGAAACGUUUACUAGGAGAAAGCCUAGUGAGUUUGAGGGAGAUCUUAGCUUGAAGCACUGGGUGAGUUAUUCACUUCCUGAUGCAGUAAUGGAUGUUCCGGAUUCCAACUUGGUUCCACCGAUGGAUAAUCACUUGAAGAAGAAGUUAGAAUGUGUAGCAUCAAUCAUGAAAGUGGCACUAGAUUGUUGUGUUGAAUCUCCAGUAAGACGGAUGAACAUGAAAGAUGUUGUAGGGAUGCUGCAAAAGAUCAAAAUUCAACUUCUCGCAUGUUGAACAUGCUCUUGUCAAUUCUUGUUCCAAAUAACUUUUUUUGUUGAAAAUGUUUGCUGAAUAAUUGUAUUAAGGUAAAAUAUUAUGUCCAUUUUCCAUAGAGAUGUCAGUCGAGGCCGAAUCGCACAAAAAGUAUGUUUUAGAGGGGUAUUUUGGUACUUUUCCUUCCCAGAAACCUCUCACACCAAUUAAAUAACACCCUAAACGUUAUUUACUCAACUAUUAUUAGUUUUAUAAUAUAUCAAAUUCUACACUACCUCCAAGAACAAGAAAUCAAGAAUUUAAUCCUUUCAAUUCAAGAUUCUCAAGAAACGGAUCAAGAUCCGGGCUCCAUCUUUCAAAUUUUAUAAUCUAAGGUAUGUGGAAAUACUCUAAAAAUCUUGGGUAUAAGUUUAAAUGUUUUAUCAAGAUUAAAGAUCCCCAAUUAGGUUUCUUGAUGAAUUGUUCGAUAUUGUUUUCGAAAUAUAUGCAUCAUGGGAUUGUUUUG